CCUCAUCUGAUGAAGCUAUAGUUGAUGUCGCCCUUCGGAGUUGGCCUACGAUGAACUGCGGUCGACUGGCGGGCUGGCUCCUGACGACAUCGAAGAUUCCACUUCGGGCUUCGUCAACACUGCCAGGCAUCUUCCAUGCUACAGUACCAUAUCCCUUAAGUACCCUUUAAGUUAUUCACCACCAUAACGCCGCAGGUACCCGGUAAGCAGAGCAACGCUCGCUGUGUCUUGUCGACGAACACACUUUCAGGACUCGGCAUCUGAAACACAACAGAAGAUAAAGAUCUCGACUACUGGCGCCCAGGAUUCUUCAGCCACGGCCGAGCACGAAUGAGUCGAUAACAGCCACCCAGAGCCGUGGUUGUACCGUACUGUCUGGACCUUGGUAUCAAAAUGGCGAAGCCGUUUGCGAGAGCUGUCAUUCGAUCACUAUGUCGUCAGUCACCUACCAGAGUCAAAAGAGCAUUCAGCACCUCGAGAACAUUGAAUGCUGACUUCACCCAUGCUGUCAUCGGUGGAGGCAUCGUUGGUCUGGCCAUUGCCCGCCAGUUAGCAGCAAGAACAGGCACCUCGACAAUCCUGAUCGAACGACACGGCCAGGUGGGUCAGGAAACGAGUAGUAGGAACUCUGAGGUCAUUCACGCAGGUAUAUACUACGGGUCCAACACCCUCAAGACAAAACUAUGCAUCAAAGGCAAGCACAUGCUCUACGACCUCUGCGAGGCCAACAACAUCCCUCACGCCCGCACCAAGAAAUGGAUCAUGGCCCAAGACGCCCAACAAAUGUCCCAUCUCGAAGACUUGCACGCCUUCUGCAAAACGAUCGAUGUACCAAUGCAAUUCCUCUCUCGAAAGGAGAUAUCAGAACAAGAACCCGAUGUCCGCGCCGAAGCUGGCGUUCUUGAAUCUCCCACGACCGGUAUCGUCGACAGUCAUGCUCUGAUGGCGUACCUGGAAGGCGACCUCGAGGAGCGCGGCGGCGAACAAAUCAUGCAUACUAUCGUCACUGCCCUCAAACGAGUCAAUGACAGUGAUGCCGAGGCUGGCUAUGCGAUAACUACAACGUCUCGCGACGGCGCAGGGGGCGAAGACACCAUCACCGCAGAAACGGUGAUCAAUACCGCCGGGUUGGGCGCCGUGCAGAUAAGUAACAUGCUAUUACCCGCCGAGAGGCACCGAAAAGCGUAUUACGCAAAGGGCACGUACUUCUCCUACGCUUCAGGACACCCCAAGCCCAGAACCCUACUGUACCCGGCCCCAACACCCGGGCUGGGUGGUCUGGGAACGCACCUCACGCUCGAUAUGGCGGGACGAGUACGCUUUGGGCCGGAUGUAGAGUGGGUGGACGAUCCGUCAGAUCUCGCGCCGAACCCGGCGCGGCUGGAUGCCGCGGUGCAAGUGAUCAAAGGGUAUUUGCCCGGUGUGGAUGUGGAGAGUAUUGAUCUCGAUUACUGUGGGAUACGACCGAAGCUUGGUAAGACGAGCGGGACGUACGGGAAGGAUGGGAAGGGGUUUGCGGAUUUUUAUAUACAGGAGGAAGAAGGGUUUCCCGGGUUUGUUAAUCUUCUGGGGAUUGAGAGUCCUGGGUUGACGAGCAGUUUGGCGAUUGCGGAGAUGGUGGAGGAUAUUCUCUACGGUGAGAAGGCGUCAGUCUGAACAUGAUAGAAAUGGAGGAGCCAGAAGGGUGCAUUAUGGACAGGCCAGGAGUGCAACGGGGGCUGAUAAGACAAGGCUUGCACGAACGCUGGGGUUGCUUCUGAUAAUGAGGCCAUUUUGAGAUGCUCCUUGUCGCCGUGGUUCGACGAUUAGCAUAGAUCAGGGGGAGCGUAGAUGACAAG